AUGAGUGUACAAAUAUUUGGAGACCAGGUUACAGAAGAAAGAGCAGAAAACGCCCGUUUGUCGGCGUUUGUCGGUGCCAUUGCCGUGGGUGAUUUGGUGAAGAGUACAUUAGGUCCAAAGGGGAUGGAUAAGUUAUUGCAAAGUGCGUCCAGUAACACUUGCAUGGUAACGAAUGAUGGUGCUACGAUUCUGAAGUCAAUUCCGCUAGAUAAUCCGGCCGCCAAAGUGUUGGUGAACAUCAGUAAGGUGCAAGAUGACGAAGUUGGAGAUGGUACCACCAGUGUUACUGUUUUGAGUGCAGAAUUGCUUAGAGAGGCAGAGAAAUUGAUCGAUCAAUCCAAAAUCCACCCUCAGACCAUUAUCGAAGGUUACCGACUAGCUUCAGCAGCUGCAUUGGAUGCGUUGACAAAAGCAGCUGUGGACAACUCUCAUGAUAAAACGAUGUUCCGUGAGGAUCUGAUCCAUAUUGCCAAGACUACUUUAUCUUCUAAAAUUUUGUCCCAGGAUAAGGAUCACUUCGCCGAAUUAGCUACUAAUGCUAUUUUGAGAUUGAAAGGCUCCACCAAUUUAGAACAUAUUCAGAUCAUUAAGAUUCUUGGUGGGAAGCUAUCAGACUCGUUCCUUGACGAAGGUUUCAUUCUUGCCAAGAGAUUCGGUAACAACCAACCGAAGAGAAUUGAAAAUGCUAAGAUUUUAAUCGCUAAUACAACCUUGGAUACAGACAAAGUCAAAAUAUUCGGUACAAAAUUUAAAGUUGAUUCUACUGCUAAAUUGGCACAACUAGAAAAGGCGGAACGCGAGAAGAUGAAGAACAAAAUUGCCAAAAUUUCCAAGUUCGGUAUCAACACCUUUAUUAAUAGACAACUAAUUUAUGACUAUCCAGAGCAAUUAUUUACAGAUUUGGGCAUAAACUCAAUUGAACACGCCGAUUUUGAAGGUGUGGAAAGACUCGCCUUAGUCACAGGUGGUGAAGUUGUAUCCACAUUCGACGAGCCAAGCAAGUGCAAACUUGGGGAGUGUGACGUGAUCGAGGAAAUUAUGCUUGGCGAACAGCCAUUCUUGAAGUUCAGUGGUUGCAAAGCUGGUGAAGCUUGCACCAUCGUCCUAAGAGGUGCUACCGACCAAACACUUGAUGAAGCUGAGAGAUCCCUACAUGACGCAUUGUCUGUGCUGUCACAGACCACAAAGGAAACAAGAACUGUCCUUGGCGGCGGCUGCGCCGAGAUGGUUAUGUCAAAAGCCGUGGACACCGAAGCUCAGAAUAUUGACGGCAAAAAGUCCCUUGCAGUGGAAGCUUUUGCCCGUGCUCUGAGACAACUGCCAACCAUUUUGGCAGACAACGCCGGUUUUGACAGCAGUGAGCUUGUGUCAAAAUUAAGAUCUUCCAUAUACAACGGCAUCUCCACAUCAGGCCUGGAUCUUAACAACGGGUCCAUUGCUGACAUGAGACAACUAGGUAUCGUCGAGAGUUACAAACUAAAACGAGCAGUGGUCAGCUCUGCAUCUGAAGCUGCUGAAGUUCUACUAAGAGUGGACAACAUUAUCCGUGCCAGACCAAGAACCGCCAAUAGACAACAUAUGUAA